AUGGCCGUCCACCAUCCGCACCUUCUCGACUUCUCGCCGCCUCCGAACACGGUGGCCAUGGAGGCGCCCCCACCCCACUUCGACCACGGCCAACACCACCUCCUCGGGCUCCAUAUCGACGGCAACGGCAUGCCCGUAGGAGGAGGCGUGCCUCACCGCGUCCUCGCCGACGACGCGGUGGCGGCAUGGGCGCCGCAGGCCGCGGUCUCCCUCUCCCUGUACAACUACGACAACACGGCGGGAGGGUCUUCGUCGCUGUUCGGCCAUCAUGAGGCAGAGGCACAGUUCGCCGUGCCCCCGGCGGCGGUGUCGUCGUUGGCACUACCUAACCACCAGCAGCUGCCGACGACGUCGAGCAUGCAGCCGUUCCAGCUCAGGAGCUCCAAGUAUCUGGCCCCUGUUCAGGACCUGCUCAGCGAGUUCUGCAGCCUUGAAGGGGACCUGCACGCCAUGAACAAGAGAGCUCCGAGAGCAGCAGCGGGCAACAAGUGGGACGACGUGGACACGUCGUCGUCUUCCUCUGGCCUCUGGGGGCACCCGUCCCUGAGCUCCCUGGAUCUCUUGGAGCUUGAGAGGAGGAAGGCCAGGCUCUUGUCCAUGGUUGAAGAGGUGGACAGGCGGUACCGGCGAUACCGUGAGCAGAUGAGGGCAGUGGAGGUGUCGUUCGAGGCGGUGGCCGGAGCCGGCGCGUCGCAGGUGUACACGAGGCUGGCGCUGCGCGCCAUGUCUCGGCACUUCCGGUGCCUGCGGGACGCGCUGGUGGCGCAGGUGCGCGCACUGCGGAAGGCCAUGGGGGAGCGGGACGGCGGGCCUGGUGCGGCGGCCACGGCGGCGGGCGCCACCAAGGGCGACACGCCGAGGCUCAAGGUGCUGGACCAGUGCCUGCGGCAGCAGCGGGCGUUCCAGCACCCCGGCACCAUCGAGAACUACCCGUGGCGGCCCCAGCGCGGCCUGCCGGAGCGCGCCGUCGCCGUGCUCCGUGCUUGGCUCUUCGAGCACUUCCUCCAUCCGUAUCCAAAUGAUGUGGACAAGCACAUUCUGGCGCGUCAGACAGGAUUGUCAAGAAGCCAGGUUUCCAAUUGGUUCAUCAACGCCAGGGUGAGGCUGUGGAAGCCAAUGAUAGAGGAGAUGUACACGGAAGAAGUGAACCAGAAAUCAGACACGAGUCAAAACCCUAGCGGUGGCAACAUUGGCGGUGGAGUCGUCGUCAUCAAACCUGAGCAGAUGAGCACAACUGCAGCAGCUGCCAUUGGAGGAGACAGCCACUUCCGAACUAGUGCUGGGAACCCUAGCAGCUCCAUGAUUUCAUCCUCCAUUUUGACCGCCGACGGCGGCGGCGGUGGCCAUCUGUUCAGCAAUUAUCCGAGCAUGCACGGGAGCCACGGCGGCGCCGUGUCGCUUACCCUAGGGCUCCAACAGCAGCCGUUUGCGUCGACGAUGAUGCACCAGCAUUCACUGAUGUUGCAGGGUGACGAGCAAGAGCCGGUGCUGCCGUACAGAGACCUUAUGGGGUCUCAAUUGCUGCAUGAUUUCGCAGGGUAG